GUUUUUGCAGGAUUAGAAAUAGAAGCAUCAAAUUCAUAAUUUAAAAGCUAUAUAUAUAUAUAUAAAAGCUAUAUAUAUAUAUAUAUAUAUAUAUAUGUAUGUAUGUAUGUAUGUAUAUUGAUUCAGUGUGAACAUGAAUUAAUUUAUUGUAAUAAAAUAAAAAGACAAACCAGAAAUAAGAAUUUUAUUGUAAUCGUUUCUAACAAGACAGGAAGACCCAACAAUUAAACAACUACCAAAUAAUAUUGCAGGUCUGUUGUCCUAACCUGGAAAAACUAUUUAUAAAUGGGGCUCACAGUAUAACUGCUCUAUGCUCUCACCAACUUCCAACUGCCUACUUCAGCAAACUUGAAACCUUGACAGUAGAAAAUUGUUGUAAAUUGAGAAACUUGAUGUCUCCAUCAGUUGCCAGAGGUCUUCUGAAUCUACAAGGACUAGUUAUAUGUGACUGCCAGUCAAUGGAAGAAGUGAUCAUAGAAGAAGAAGAACAACAAGGAGAAGAAAUCAUGUCUUAUGAGCCCUUAUUUCCCCGUUUGAAAGUGCUCGUGCUGCAGCUUCUACCAAAGCUGAGGCAUUUCUUCCUGACGAAGAGUGCGCUUGAAUUUCCAUUCCUCAUAGAAGUGGGAAUUUUUGAUUGCCCUGAAAUGAAGAUGUUUGUCCAACAGGGGUCUCUGAGUACACCGAGUGUCGAAAGUGUGAACUAUGAUGAUAAGGGGAAAGCAGAUGAUACGAUGUUCAAUUCUAAGGUUUCUUGUCCUAAUCUGGAAAUGCUACGUAUCUCGGGGGCUCACAGAAUAACUUCUCUAUGCGCUCACCAACUUCCAACUCCCUACUUCAGCAAACUUGAUAUAUUGAUGGUAUCUGGUUGUUCUAAAUUGAGAAAUUUGAUGUCUCCAUCAGUGGCCAGGAGUGUUCUGAAUCUCCGAGUACUAAGUUUAAAAGACUGUCAAUCAAUGGAAGAAGUGAUCACAGAAGAGGAACAAGAAGAAUUAAUCAUGACUAAUGUGCCUUUAUUUCCCCGGUUGGAAGAGCUGAAGCUUAAGCUUCUACCAAAGCUGAGGCAUUUCUUCCUGAUGAAGCGUGCUCUUGAAUUUCCAUUUCUCAUAAAAGUGAAUAUUCAUGAUUGCCCUGAAAUGAAGAUAUUUGUCCAACAGGGGUCUGUGAGUACACCGAGUCUCGAAAGUGUGAACGAUGAUAGGGUGAAAGUAGAUGAUCUGAAUAAAUGGAUACAAGAGAGGUCCAAUUCUUAGGUUUGACUUGUGUUGCUUGCUGUAUAACUAAUUAGUACUCUCUUUCCGUCUUAAUAGUAAUAUUCAGACAUUUACUUAUGUUUGUCACUUGAAGAAACUUCCUUUUACCUUCCUCAAAUAUUUCCAAUUAGAAAUUUAAAGUAAUAGCACAGUCAUCUCUAUUCUUUUGUAAUUUCUACUCCCAGGAUUUAGGAAGAAGUUAUUAAGUGAUGCGGCGAAUCUGAAGCUUUAAUCUAGUGAUGGAAGAAACUAGUAAUCGAUGAAAUAGUCCAAGUGUGUGCAAGUUUUAGCUCGAACAUCACCUGAUAUAUAUGCUCAUGAUGGAUGUAACACACAGAGUCCGGUCUACAUUAUAACCAAUGGGUUCACAUGAACCCAACAGCUUUUGCCAAGAGAAUUUGUAUCUGUAUUAGUAAUUUUUAGAAAUAGUUGAUUGUGAGUGGCAGAUAUUGUUGGAGGAAAAAUCGCAACCCAUGCUGUUUUAUCAUUAACCAUCGAUGUGUUGGAGCUCCCUAGGCCUUGACCCUGUCAGAUAAUGUCUCUCAUGAGCUCUUUUUAGCAUUCCAUUUGUGAGCUGGCAGAGAUCGAUUGUAACAUUUGUUCCAAGAAAGUGGUGGAUGUCAUCCCUCUU